UUCACCGAUGGAGGUCGAUGGCGAGUCGUACAAGUCCUGGGCAUGGUGGCUGGACGCACUGCAGGCGAUAAGGAGGACAUACUCCAUCCCCAUGGACGCCAAGGAAGCGAGGAUAUGUGCGGAGGUAGCGGAGGCUAUGAGGAAGGAGAUGGCGGCGGCGCUCACAUUGGAGGGAAUUAGGAAGGGUCGGCUGAUGAGGUGGAUCGGUGAGACGCAAGACCCGAAGGCGCUCAGAGCGGCGGUGGAGAAGGCGCGCAGGAUGGAUCGGCUGGAGGAGGAGCGGGUGGCGGUGGACAGGUGGGCGAAGACGAAGGACCCCGAAGCAGCGACGUACCGGCGGCAGCUGGAGAACGAGCGGAGCGAGAUGUACCGGAGGAUGAUGACGGAGGAGCCAUCCGGCGACACGGCGGACUGGUCGGAGCCUUGUGGUUAUCGCAGUAACUGGAGGUACAUAUACGAAGGCCGCCGCGGCACCUACGAGGACACCACGGAUGUACCGGCCAUGCGUUUCACGGACGACGACCGAGCAAAGCAAAAUUGGGACGUUGAGCUGACGGGAACUUUGCAGAUAUUUUCCUUCAAAGUCGCCGCAAUAGCAGAGGAGUUGCGGUGGCCGCUUGAUGUGUAUGGCUUGAUCGCCAUAAGAGACCACCUCGACCGUCGACGAAAUAUUAUCUAUGCCCGCGCAAGGGAUAAUUGCCAGACUAUCACACGUGAGGAUCCAUAUUUAAAACUAGUGGGUCCAACUCGUGCUGCUGUGCUAUCACAAGUAUCUGAUUCUGUGCGCUUUGAGGUUGUGUUGAAAGUGAAGAGCGGCAGCAAUGAAUCUGAUGAUAAAGAUUUAAGCUUUUUAGCUUCAAAGUACAGAACAUUCAACACAAAUUAUUCGCGUGUGAUUUGCCGUGUUGUUUCCAGCAAGCUUUCCAAACUAGAGUGGAGAUACGGCCUUCUUGCCAAAUCUGUGGAGGCUACAAUCGGUAUACAAGUUAUUCAUGGGUCAUGGCCAAAUGGUUGUAGAGGUAUAUUUAGUGCAAGUACCACUAGUCUAGAUGGCAUGAAAGUCACACUGCUCUCUCUUGAAGAUGACAAGUUGCCGAUAAAUAUUGAUGGUAUGAUCAAUGUUUCACGCCAUGUUGUUUGCGUUGAAAUUGAUGGACAACUGAAGAUUUCUAUUACAGCAGAAUAUGAAGACGGCGACCAAAUUACUAUAAAAGAUGAAAUAAUUUUUACACCUAAGGAAUAUGGUAGAAGUUCUGCUGUUCUUAAGGUUCACUCAUGUCAGAUGAAAGUCAUUGUUGCAUGGUCACUUGUUUGCUGUUGUUGACCUCCAGACACAAUAGUGCACUACGUGUCCUAGAUAUGGGUUUUAAGAGUGUA